ACCUCGGCCCCAGAGGUCUCUCGCAGCAGUCGCACUCGGCACAAGGCACAGAAGGAGGUUUUGCGACGGAAGGGAAGCAAGCAUCAUGGCCAAAGAUCCCCUGGAAAGCUCCCAGGAGUUUUAUGCACUAGAUGCACAAGCAUCCGACGCCAGGAAGGAACUCUACAAACGGCACCGGAUCCGCUGGGUGCUUCUCUGCACCUUCGUCCUCUCUCUCGUUCUGACAUUUCUGGGGGUCUACUAUUUUGUGAGCCCUUCAGCCAAAAAAGUCUAUGAUAUGGAGCACACUUUUUUCAGCAAUGGGGAACGGCAACAAAUAUUCAUGAAGAUAGAUCCUCUUGCCGGGACAGAGAUCUUCCAAACUGGAAAGGGCAGCGAGGAAGUCUUGGAAAUACAUGACUUUAAAAAUGGAAUCACUGGCAUCUUUUUCAGCGGAGAUCCAAAGUGCUUCAUCAGGAGCCAAAUGAAAGGGAUACCGGAAACAUCUGACAUUGAAAUGGAGGAGCCUGAGGAAGAGAAAACAACAUCAACUUAUUUCGAGCAGUCUGUGGUCUGGGUUCCAGGGGAGAAACCGGUUGAAAACAAAGAUUUCCUGAAGAAUUCCAGGAUUUUGGAAUUCUGUGAAAAUGUAACUGUGUAUUGGAUGCACCCAGCCUUGUUGAAAGAGACAGAAGUCUUUGACUUCGAAAAUGAAGGCGAGGUGGAGAAUGGGUUCCCAACAGGCAAGCAAGAGCCGACUGAAGGUCAUCAAGAAGAAAAGGAAGGAGAGAAACCCGGCAAGAGGCGUCAGGCUCGACAGCUCACGCAGGAGGACUUCCCAGUGAACGACUACACGGAGAACGGGCUGGAGUUCCACCCGCUGUGGGAUGAGCGGGGCUACUGCUGUGCCCAGUGCCGCCGUGCCCAUCGAUACUGCCAGCGGGUCUGUGAGCCUCUGCUGGGCUAUUACCCCUACCCUUACUGUUACGGAGGGGGGCGGGUCAUCUGCCGGGUCAUCAUGCCGUGCAACUGGUGGGUAGCACGUAUGUUGGGGCGGGUGUAAGCAUACUUAGCCGAGGAAGACAAGUAUGCCAUAGCAGUACAUAGAACCUUCCUAGGCCAUUCCUAGGAAGCCACUUUGCAGCAAGAAUGACAUAAGGCACCCUUCCACUGCUCAUUAUUUGCUCCAAAGACCAACUUGGACGACUAGAAGAGGUUAAGGUGGCAAGAAACCUAUAACCUAUUUACUGAAACCCAGUAUAGUUUCACUACGUAUGUUAACCAUUUCCACGGGGAAGAAGACAUAGGACAGCAAUACGGAGACUGCCCUAAUUUCAGUCCUUGUCAUCUGCAGUGUAUUUAUGUUUUAAGGAUCAGCUAUAACAGUGUUUCUCAACCUUCCUAAUGCCGCGACCCCUUAAGACAGUUCCUCAUGUUGUGGUGACCCCCAAUCAUAAAAUUAUUUUUGAUGCUA